AUGAGACGUUCACCACUACUGUCAGGAGAGGUUGAGAGUCGAACAGAAGUGAUGAGAAGGAAGCUAAGAAACAGAAAGGGGGGGCCACGCUGGGAUAGUCCCAGGCGCGUGACAAUGUACAUCCCUAAGUCAGCCGCGGGUGAAAUCGCCGGCGCGCCUAAGUCCCCACCGCAAGGGGGCGGGCUAGCGGGCGCGCGCAUGAAUCCGCCGGCGCUGGCGCGCUGAGGCAGUCGCGCGCGUCUAAGUCCCCACCGCCGGGGGCGGGCUAGCAAGUGCGCGCAACGACCGAGGCGCCCCUGUCGAGCUGAGAGUGGACUCUUCACAGUUGUGGCCCCUAGCCGCGCCCUCGGAACCGACCAACUCGAAUCGCGGAACCGAUUUGCGGGGCUCGAGGUCGAAGGAGGACAGGAGGAUGACGUCGAGGAGGAGGAUGCAGGAAAGGAGGGCGAGGAAAAGGAGCAGGUCGAAGAAGGAGACGAGGAUACGGGCGCCAAGGCGGACGACGAGGAUUCGGACUCGGAUGGGAACGCCGGAGCGGGCAUCGACAAGGCGGGAGGCGACGACAAGGACGAACAGGACGACAGCUCGGAGGGAAGCGAACAAAGGGAGGACGAAGGAAACGAUGGGAUGACGUGA